ACUGUUUGUAGAUAUUAUCUAUAUCUGUACUAUAAAUUACUAGUUUGCCAGUGUAGAAUAUAGAAUUAAUUUAAAGAGGCACAAAGCUACACUUUGCUUUCUCAGUUUAUCUUUUCCCUCUUGUUUAUCUUGUCCUUCUAUUAAUUUUUUUGUACUUUAAAGUUUGCAGACAUGAGUGAAAUGAGACCGCUUGGACAAAAUCACAAUCAACAUCAUUCACAAUGAGUCAUGACUUUUUAAUACUUGGAUACUUGGUGACAAAGAUAAGAAUGAAGUUCAAUGAACUUAAUGUGGAUAAAGUAUAUGACAGUGUAGGCUACUCUACUCUAAACUAAAAUACUAACUAAAAUAAAUUCACUACAGUGAAGACAUUUCUUUAAUCUAGCUGUAUAUGUAUCUGUAUUAUAUUCUUAAAACACACUCAUUAUCUUUAAAUGGUAUUUGUUGUAUUUAUGUUAUAUUUACGUCUUUAUUAUACAAGAGACACUGACAUUCCCUAUAAAUAUGGUCAAAUUCUGCUUUAACACAAAUAAUGAUAAUCAAGUUUAAAAUUGAAAAAGAGCUGUCAGGCUACGUUUUUUUUUUUUUAAUUAAAUUUUUAGGUCGGUUUCCUGUUUCAAACAAUACCUAAGUUAACAUCACUAAAUGCCGAAAUAUGAGUUCUGCAACAAAACCAGUAAAAGACAUCAGAGAGGCCAAAUCCUGAUAUGACAAUAUCCUAAAUAUAAGGCCAUAUAUUGUCUCUAUUGAUGUAUCAAUAUAUAUCUAUUUAAAGAGAUAGAUAAGAUGGGUAUAAUAUUUUACACAACACAGGAUAUUCAUAAGCAGUCAGAAAACCCAUGUUGCUCGACAUUCUCAUAUCUCUAAAGAUGUUAAAAGUUGAUGGUAGAAGUGAGGAAGUGUUAAAACUGUAAAACAAGCCAUGCUGGUGUGAGUCUGUUUCUCCAGUUUAAAUGAAGCCUGACAGUGCAGGUCCUGAUGUGGCACAUGUCUUUUUGCCCAGGUUUGGGGGGGUCUGGACCUUUGUUGUGUUGCCUCUUAAUGUUCUUUGAUAAAGUAAUUUUCAAAGCAGGACAGGAUCCUCUUCCGAACUCUAAUGCGAUUACUGCACCUCAGAGUCACAUAGAGAGGAAGCAGCGGUCCUCCAAGCAGCAGAGGCAACAAUGAUGCGACCAGGAGCCAAGCAGUAUGUGGUGGCCAGGCCCAUCUACUCUGAGGAGUCCUUCAGCGAGGAGCAUGAGAAGGUCUACAGGCCCCGCAAGACCAUCCUGAACCACCUCGAGCAGUUCUUCACGUGUGAUGCCAGGCGUGCCAAGAAUGCAGCGCUCUCUCUCCUGCCCAUCAUUGGCUGGAUGAAAAUCUACAGAGUCAAAGAGUGGCUGCUCAGUGACAUCGUGUCGGGGGUCAGCACCGGACUGGUCGCUGUGCUGCAGGGUCUGGCCUACUGUCUGCUGGCCUCCCUGCCACCAUGGUACGGACUCUUCUCUGCGUUCUUCCCUGUCAUCAUUUACUUCUUCCUUGGCACUUCCAGGCACAUUUCAGUGGGUCCGUUCCCUGUCCUGUGUCUGAUGAUCGGGUCAGUGGUCACCAGGCUGGUCCCAGACGAGGGUCCACCCCUCAACAUCACAGGAUUUGAAGGCCUGACGAGGGACGAGCAGCGAGUGUUGGUGGCUUCAUCUGUGACCUUCCUCGCUGGACUCAUGCAGCUGGCGAUGGGCGUACUGCAGGUGGGCUUUGUUGUCAUGUACCUGUCUGACACUCUAGUGUCCGGUUUCACCACGGCAGCUGCCAUCCACAUCCUGGUGUCACAGCUCAAGUUUGUGCUCGGGCUACAAGUCCCAGGCAUCAGUGGCCCUCUCUCCAUCAUAUAUACCCUGGAGAUCAUCUUCAAUAAGAUCACCUCCACCAAUGUGUGUGAUGUGGUCAUCUCUUUGGUCAUCAUGGUGGUGGUGUUCGUCGUAAAGGAGAUAAACGACCGAUUCAAAUCCAAGCUGCCAGUGCCCAUCCCCAUAGAGGUCAUCAUGACUGUUAUUGCAUGCGGACUCUCCUAUGGCUUUGACUUCAAGACGAAAUAUGGCAUUGAUGUUGUUGGAUAUAUCCCAAAAGGGUACGAGCCUCCAAUGGCUCCAAACCUGCACAUCUUCCAGGAGUCAGCAGUGGAAGCGUUCCCUAUGGCUAUCGUGGGUUUUGCUGUGGCCUUCUCUGUGGCAAAAGUCUACUCUGUGAAACAUGAUUACACCAUAGAUGGAAAUCAGGAGCUGAUAGCAUUUGGAGUUAGUAACAUCUUUGGAGCGUCCUUCAAGUCUUUUGCUGCGAGUACAGCUCUGUCCAGGAGCGCAGUGCAGGAAAGCACAGGCGGCAAGACUCAGGUGGCUGGCUUACUGUCAGCUUUGAUAGUGAUGAUCGUUACAUUGGCCAUUGGAUUCUUACUCGACCCACUCCCUAAGUCUGUGCUGGGUGCCGUGGUCAUCGUCAACCUGAAAGGCAUGCUAAUGCAGGUUAGAGAGAUCCCUUACCUGUGGAGGAGGGACAAACCAGACUGUGUGGUUUGGAUCGGGACCUGUGUUGCAGCCAUACUACUGGGGCUGGAUCUUGGAUUGGCUGUAGGCCUCGGUGUGGAGCUGCUCAGUGUGGUCCUCCGGGUUCAAUUUCCUCGCUGCAGCGUGCUGGCCAACAUCAAGGAAACAGAUAUCUACAAAGACAGAAAGGAUUAUAUUGAUAUAUACGAGCCAGAAGGAGUGAAGAUCUUCAGGAUUCCGUCGCCAAUCUUCUUCGCCAACAUUGAGUUCUUUAGGAACAAGCUAGUGGAAGCUGUUGGAUUUAACCCACUGCGAGUGCUGAGGAAGAGAAAUAAAGCACUCAGAGUGAUCCGGAAGCUUUUGAAAAAAGGUGACCUGCAGUGGACCUCAACAGGCUUCUUGAAUACCUCUUGUGGACCAAUAAAAGAAUCAGAGGAUGAGAGCAGCAUGGAGGAGCUGGACCUGCCCACUGACUUCAAGGACCUUCCUGCCCGGAUCAACUGGAAUGCCGACCUUCCAGCCAACAUAUAUGUUCCGAGAGUGGACCUCCACAGCCUCAUCCUGGACUUUGCUGGUGUUUCCUUCCUGGACAUCUCUGCUCUGAAGGGGCUCAAAAAUUUACUGAAAGAGCUGAUCCGGGUUGAGGUGGACAUUUACAUUGUGGCUUGUGAUGUUUACAUCCUGGAGAAACUGCACGAGUGUUGCUUCUUUGAUGAUGAAGUUCAGCCAACCAUGUUCUUCCUGACUCUGCAUGAUGCCAUGCUGCACAUCCUCACGAAACAUCCGGAGAUGACACAAAUGAAGUCCGACUAUGAAAAGAUUACAACAACAGUCACAGUCCACUACCCUGGAGGCAGUUUGUGGAGCAGAGAUGGAAACCCGACUUCACAUCCAGAAACCAGGUUCUAACGUCUGGAUUAGAAGACGGCGACUGCUGGAAGAAAACAUUAAAACAACCAAAGACGUCUUUGUUCAUCUGACAAUCAAACAAGGUUUAAACAGUAUAUAUUAUACACUGUAAUGUAAAGAAACACAUGAUGCUGUUGCUGUAAAUAGUGAAUUUGUAGAAAUGUGAGGUGCAGGAUGUAUUUUCAUGAUAAUGAAUUAACUGAAUUGUCUUUUUUUUUGACAAAAUGUUUGCAAAGUUAUGUUGUAUGUGUAUGUACAUAUAUACUUAAAGUAUGCUUUACUGUAUUUUCAUCACUGUAUACCAUGUAUUCAAUAACACCCAACAGCCUUGUAUACUGUAGUGCAGUGGUUCUCACUUUUUAUAAGUACCACCAGAGAAAAUAUUGAGCUAAAGAUUAAAAUACUAGUGUAAAUAGGCCGAGUAGAGUUUUCUACAGACUUUUCACAGGAGGCAGAUUUAUUCCCAAUAAGAUCAUUUGCUCUCUCAUCAUCCUUCUCUUCAGACACUGAUAUAUCCAAACUAUGUUAAGAGAAGGUGACUCUAAUUAUUAUUUGAUUUGAUUUGUCAUUUGUUUCAUUUUCUAAGCUCUCAGGUCAAAAAUCCUUAGCCUCAGCUCCACUAUGAUGGUAUAUACAGUAGAACAGUAUUUCUUAUUUUCCUCCAAGUACCACCAGAGGAAACUAUGGAUGUAGUGUUUUUAUGAAAUAUUGGAGAUAUAUGUAUACAGUAUGCAGGUGUUAUCUCUGGUAUUUUUGAAUGAAUGUGCUUUUUUUUACCAGUUGUGAAUGUAUGUGUUAAGUAUAGUGUUUUGUUUCUUCAGGCAUUUUGAUAUUUCUAUAAUGUGAUCUAAAAGAGGGCCUAAGGGUCAGAAUGUCACAAGAAAAUAAAAGACAAUUGUAUCUGGA